AUGGUGAGCGUGGUGGCCGCGCUCCUCAUGGCCGCCGUCUGCGGCCGGUUGAUGCCAUUCAGCGGCGGCAAUACCUGGGCGCCGGCGGGAUGUCCGACCAAGGUGCCGGACCAUUGGCGACAGUGCCGGAAUCCCCGCGACCGGCUUCUAGGCGGCCUCCUCUCCCCGGACUUUGAUGACAGCUCCUGCCUCAGCCGCUACCGCGCCGCGCUCUACCGCCGGCCGUCACUGCACGCCAUCUCCUCUCACCUCGUCUCCGCGCUCCGCCGUUACGAGUCGCUGCACCGCCACUGCGGCCCAGGCACCCCUGCCUACGCCUACGCGCGCGCCAUCGAACGCCUUCUUUUGCCGCCGAACGGCUCUACUACCUCAGGGUGCAGCUACGUCGUGUGGAACCCGACCGAGGGCCUCGCAACCGCAUCCUCUCCAUCGCCUCCGCCUUCCUCUACGCGCUGCUCACCGACCGCGUGCUCCUUCUCCACCGCAGCGGCGCCGACCUCGACGACCUCUUCUGCGAGCCAUUCCCGGGCUCCACGUGGAUCCUGCCAGAAGAUAAAGGACGACUUCCCUAUCCGUGGCAUCGAGCAGCUCAGCGACCGGAACCACCACGAGAGCCUCGGCUCCGUGCUGAGGCGCGACGAGGAUCCCGGCACGGCGCCAUGGCUGUACGUGCACCUGCGGCACGACUACAUCAGCGGGGGCUACCACGACCAGCUAUUCUUCUUCGACGACGUGCAGGCCCAGCUGAGGCGCGUGCCGUGGCUCGUGUUCCUCUCGGACAACUACAUCGUGCCGGAGCUGUUCCUGAUCCCACGCCACGAGGGGGAGCUCGCGCGGAUGUUCCCGCGCCGCGACGUCGUGUUCCAUCACCUCGGCCGUUACCUGUUCAAUCCGAGCAACACGGUGUGGGACAUGGUGACGCGGUACCACUACUCCUACUUCACCAAGGCGGACGAGCGCGAGCGCGAGGACAUCCUGCCCGGCGUCGGCGUGCCCGCGGACGACAAAGCCACCAGCGCCGGGCAAGUCUCCAGCGGCCAGCCGGCAAAACAGAAGGCCGUACUCGUCAUGUCCCUGCACGGCGAGUACUCUGAGAAGCUCAGGGGCCUGUACCACGAGCACGGACCAUCGGGCGGGGAGGUGGUGAGCGUGUACCAGCCGACGCAACUGGGCUGGCAGCAAUCCGGCGAGCAGCGGCACAACCAGAAGGCCCUCGCGGAGAUGGUGCUGCUCAGCUUCUCGAACGCGGUGGUCACCACCGCCGUCUCGACAUUUGGAUACGUCGGCCAGGGGCUAGCGGGUCUGAGACCGUGGGUGCUCAUGAGCCCCGUCGAUGGCAAGGCGCCUGACACGCCGUGCCGGCGCCCCGCUACCAUCGAGCCGUGCUUCCAUGCGCCGCCGAACUAUAAUUGCCGGGCCAAGGUCAAUGGUGACUCCGGCAGGAUGGAAGCUCUGGCUCGCCUUCAGAUCUACCUCAGCCGGCCGGCAUCACCUCCGGGUCACUGUCUAUCAUCUAAAGAUUGGUUGCAUCAAAAGGACCAGUUCAGUUUCUUGUCAGUUGUUAUACUGCAUCAACAAAGGAGUUAG